AUGUCGUCGGAGGAGGUCGUCUUUGAGGAUGCCGUUGUGGCGUCUUCUGAGGCAGCACCAUUCAAGAAGGACUUGCUCGAAGCGCUGCCUCAGAGGACAUCUCGGGCAAGCGCGAAGCACCGGAUCUACCUCAUGGUGGUGGGCGUGCUAAUCCUCGUUGUACCACUCUACUUAUGGAAGAGUUUUGGCACGAUACGCAUUGCGGAGAAGGCCCCGCAGUCUGGAGUGAUCCCAUCACCCAGUGAAUUUGACGUCCACGAGCUGAUCCGUGAGUUGAACAUUGGCGGUAAGAAGGUCUACAUCUCCGACCUCAUUACUGGAGCAGCCGACGGCUGCGCGCUUGAGGUACCUGCGCUGCCUAAGGGACGACAAACAGUGGUGACGUUUAAGACUAAGGAGAAUACAGAGCGCCAGGCGGUGCUCUACGUGCCGGAUAGUUACCCCACAGCGGUGGACGGCCGAGAACCACGGCGGGUUGCUAUUAUGGUACUCUUUCAUGGUCUGAAUGAUAACUGCAAACACUUCCUGGACGCCACCGGUUUCAUGUCCUACGCAGACCGCGACGGAUUUCUGAUUGCAAGCGUGUGCGGCUCUGUGGGUAUCUUGGGUACCGGCUGGAACGCGGGCAUGUGCUGCGGCUUCUUAUGCGACAAGCCCGACGACGUGGCGCUAGCAAAGCAGGUGGUGACAGAACUUUCGCGAAGCAUGUGCAUUGAUCAAAAUCGUGUAAUGGCCGUCGGAUUCAGCAAUGGCGCCAUGCUUUCGGAGGUGCUGGCGUGCAAUGAACCUGACACGUUUCGCGUUGUUGUCUCCGUCGCCGGUGUUGUUGAGAUGCGCCCAGGAAACGCUGCUGGGAUUGCCGCCUGCACAGCUACCCUCGAGAAGGCCUCGUCGACGUCGCGCGCAAGUGUGCUGAUGGUGCACGGUACCGCGGAUCCCGUGGUGCCAUGGGGUGGUAACAAACUGCUUGGAUUUCCACCAAUAGUGUGGAACUUGGAGGGGUGGAGAGAGCGAAAUGGGUGUACGGAGGAGACGAAAACAACCAUUUCCACCGACACUUACACGAACAUGAUCUACGCCCAGUGCACCGUGCCGGAGAACGUGAGGACGCGUAAGACGCCAAGUGGUGAGGGUGUGGAACUGUCGACCUGUUUUAAGGAUGAGGCCUCACCAGACAUGGUUCCUGGGAAGAGUAAGGCUGAGAAUGCACGACUUGCGGAAGAAAAUGUAGCGCCACCAGGUCGCGAACGUGUCGACUCACGCAUGAACCUUGGGGAUAUCAGCGCCACACAGGAAGGUAGGCGGCGCAUGACUCAACCCAUGGAUGAGCACUCCUCUGGAGAUAAAGGCUUUCAGAAGCGAGGCUGCCAGAAGGCCGGGUAUGCGAAUGCGCAGGUGAACGACGGUGGUAGGGGAGAGGUUCACAACCAAGGCACGACGAGGAACAGAACUGUGAGCACAGAUUUCUCUCCACAACCCAACCUGCACCGGCGCGCGAAUGAGAAAUUGUCAAAGGAUGUGCUGCGCAGGUACACUGAUGGUUAUCGCUGUUCACCGCAAAAUCUUUCCUUCGACUCCGUUCCCAAGCAGAACUGGGAGGUGCCGGUGCAACGCGACAACGUACCACCUGGGCAUGACGGUAGGAGUCAGGUGGAGCUGGUCCGCGUGGAGGGUGGACUUCACACCUGGCCGCGGGACGAGGAGUUCUCGACGACGGACUACAUUUACGAAUUUGGAAUUCGCAUCUUUGGCGGUUACAAUUGA